GUGCUACACGGAGUGUAGUCCACCGCUGAUCCAGAAAGUGCCUUUACCUUAAAAUGCAACGCCAGCCUACACCACCCAUUAUAUCAUUAUCAUUACAGAUACAGAUGAGCUGGCCCCCUGGGCAGGAUGAGUCUCAUCUGUGGAGGGAGAGGGCAUUUGAUGGAGAGCGGCUGCAUGUGCAAGUCAUUGCUUUAGUGGGAUCUGUUUUCAGUUGCUGCUGAGACAAACUUACCAGUCAAAAUAUUGCAGCUUUUCAAGUCCAAGUCAGCAAGGUUUCCUGUAAGCAGUGUUUUACAUUGUAUUUGCAUGAGUUGCUUUUGUGAUUGUCUCAAAACCUCGGUAAAGAGAGCUCUGUCAUUAAUUUUACUCUUCUAUUCAAUGCUGGCGAUUCGUACUUUGUGCCUGUCCAGCGCAAACCAGGAAGUUUUAUUUGACAAUGUUGCUGCUGUGCUGCAGGAAACCCAAAGAGCAGAAAAAGCCAUUGUUUUGUGCUUAGAUGUACUCAAUGCCAGGCACCAAUCCUUUACCAAAUUGGGAUGCACUCUGGGUAACCUUCCUUCUUCAGUAACAGAUAUGACUCUUAAGCUGCCCUGAGCUGGGUCUGCUCGAGUGGUCACAGUGGUAUAGGAGUGUCACUCCUUAAAAGUGCUUUUUCACUCUUGCUCCAAAUGUGUUUGCAGAAGGUUGUUCCUGGGCAGCCUCCAGCACUAUGGCAGCAGCCCCUGGUGAAACAUUAAUCUCUUGGCCUUCCCCUCACUCACUGGGAGUCAGAGCCCAACAGCCUUCCCCAAAUCACCGGGCUCUGUGGAGUAAGAAGCUGUGCCCAGACAUCUCACAGCUCCCUCUCCCUGGGCUUAGCUAGACACCUGGCAGCCCUGAGAACUGCUCCACGUGCAAGCCAGCAGAGGUAUGUAUUUGUCUCUGGAUUCAGCCUUUGUGGUGAGUUGAGCCUCCGUUUCCACACAGAGGUGCUCCUCAACAAGCAGCUGGCUGAUGUGCUCAGUGAUGGAGCCUCAAACCAGAGGGUCUGCAAGAAAUGUGAGAGCUGGACUGACCAAAGCCUUAAGAAUUUCAAGAAGUCGAGCAUUCACUUUUGUAUGUGCUAGAAAAAAACAGAGCUGAGCCAGUGUGUUUAAGCAGGACAGUGGACAAGAUCUCCUGAGGUCCCUUCCCAGCAACAGCCCCAUGAUUCUACAAAUUCAGGGUGCUGGGAUCUCUGUUUUCUGUUCCUCUUUAAAAUACAGAUAAUGCUCAACCAGAGCUCCAGGCUUCAGCAAGUAAGCAAACAAAUAAAACCCCAAGCAGACAAGCAAGGAAACAAAUAAAACCCUAAGCACUCAAGCAAGCAAGCAAAUAAACAUAACCCCCAAAGGACAAAUGAGUCUUGUUUGUUUGUUUUAAUUUUCCAGUUUGCAGUCAGCCUCCUAAUUAGUGUGGAUUUAAUACAUUUUUUAAAAUUUAUUUAUGUUUUGGUUUUGGCUUGUAAUUUGUAGUCUGAGUGGAGUCAUAUGUGAACAUUUUCUAGCUCAGGCUCUCUAUAAAUUUUCACCACCUGGUGCAGUGGGGAGAAAAGGUUCAGCUGGAGAUCCUGGUGAAAACAACUGGAGCUGCAUGUAAGACUGGUGUUUAGUUAGGAUCUAUGUAAAUGUAUUGCUGGAAGCACAAGGACUUGGAGACAGCCACUCUGCUGUGAGCUUCACUUGCAACCUCCAGAAAUUAAACCUAAGUGCUUUCCAUGAAGGAUAAAACCAGUCAUCUCUUCUGAGCCACCAGAGACAAUGGAAGUGAGAGAAGUGAAGGAGUUAAAGAGCUGAAGGGUUUGUCACAUGCUCUCACUUGGGGCAAUGUCCACUUUUACCCUGCUGGGGUUCUCAAGCUAGUCUUUGCUGUGAUGGUCCUCUGAGCAAUGCCCACCUGGGACAAGGCUGAAGAAUGAGAUCAGUGGCUCAAUGAGUGGCUGCCUUUGAUCCUGCCUAAGAAGUAAAUGAGAGAAAGGGGGGUGAAAAAAAGAAAGAAAAUCCCUGCCAAGCUGACUCAGCAUAUUUCACACUGUUAAGCUUUGAACUGUAAACACAGCAUUUGCACCUUUUGUGUACUCCACAUUCCCAGCCAGGACGCACCUUGGUGCCCCUUUUCAGCUCAGCAGCCAGCAGUAAGUCACCCCGUGAGCACUACGAGUGAAAAAGCCAGCUUGGGGUGUGAGGAGAAAGCCUGGAGGAUGAAGAGUGAGACACAGGGGGAGAACAACCACAUGGGAGAGCUCAAGAGGGGACGAGUGAUCCUUGUCGCCUACCUGAUAGCAACCAUAGAGCUGACCUUCUUGUUCAUGCAGCUUGGAGUCAUGCCUUACUUGGCAAAGAGCCUGGGUUUGGAUUCGGUGGGGUUUGGCUACCUCCAGACAACCUUUGGUGUCCUCCAGCUCGUGGGAGGUCCCAUUUUCGGAAGGUUUGCAGAUCAGUUUGGUACCCGAGCUGCCUUAAUUCUCUCCUGUGCCUCUGGAAGUGUCUUCUUCCUGCUCCUGUCCAUCUCCACCAGUGUCCCCAUCCUCUUCCUCUCCAGGCUGCCGGCUGUGUUCAUGCAUGGGCUACCAGGUGCUCAGAAGGUUAUUACAGACCUGACAGCUUCUUCCCAGCGUGCUGAUGCUCUGGGGAAGCUGGGUCUUUGCUUUGGAAUAGGAAUCAUAAUCGGCUCUGCCCUGGGAGGGAUCCUCUCCACCAAAUUCGGCAUUUUUGCUCCUAUAUAUAUCGGGCUGGUGGGAAGUCUCGUCAACACCAUGAUAGCAAUGGUUUGGAUCCCUUCACCAGCUAAAUCAAAGUCAGAACAUGGUGAGGCAGAGCACAGCACAUCACAGUCUGGCAGCGUGUUCAGCAUCAGAGAAAUCCUACGCCUGAUGAAGCUUCCGGGGGUAAUGGAAAUUUUCUUAGUCAAGGUCUUUUCUGGAUUUCCCAUAGGUUUGUUCCUGAUUAUGUUUUCCAUCAUCUCGAUGGAUUUCUUUGGCUUGGAAGCAGUGGAGUCUGGCUACCUGAUGUCAUAUUUUGGUGUCCUUCAAAUGGUUGUGCAAGGUCUGGUGGUUGGGAAGCUCAGCAAACACUGCACGGAGAGGACCAUGCUCAGGCUUGGCGUCCUUGUCUUCGCCGGUGUGGGCCUGGGCAUGGCCCUGAUGAGGACUGUAUGGCAUUACUGCAUCAUUGCCUUGCCGCUGGUGUUUGCCUUCAGCAUGCUGGGCACCAUCACCGACAGCAUCCUCACCAAGGCCGUCCCCUCCUCCGACACCGGUACCAUGCUGGGAAUCUGCGCGUCGGUCCAGCCCCUGACACGGACGGUGGGCCCAACCAUCGGUGGUGUGUUGUACAAACGAUUCGGUGUCCACUCCUUCGGCUAUUUGCAGCUAAUUGUCAAUAUCGGGUUGUUUGUUUACCUGUUAAAGAGUAAAAUCCCACUGAGAGAGCAGAAAGCCCACUGAUUCAGAUGCACCAAAGCUGCCCCCUUUUCCCAUAGCAAUAAAGAAGACAGUGGCAUUGUGCUUUCUUUUUGAGGCCACAAACAUGGAAUAAAGCACUUUCA